AACCUUGGCGCCCUUGGCAUUGUUGGCAAGUGUGAGAGGUUAACCUCUGCCAAGCUCCCGACAGCCAGCCAGGCUGCAACCUACCUGGCAAGGUUUUGCGCAGCUUAUAAUCUGGGCGAUCAGUGUUCAGCCGCACUAGCUGCAGCUCUUUGCUUCUCAAUACACACCUCCCAGGGCGGACAGGGGAGAUUUGUCGCACUUCCACGACCACAAUUUUCGCCUGGUUAUGUCGCCUCAGUAACCACUUUGAGCUGUGAUACUCUGCCGGAUUUCGAGCUUAUAAGUUACUAUCUGAUGCUGGGACUGGACGAAAAUGUGUUGACCGCCAUUCUGGAAAGCGUGCUGUGGGAGCCCGAUGUCCCAAGUAACCACACUGGACAGUGGCUCUGGCCGCUUCGAACCAUACUCGGCCCCGUUAUGGAGGCAAAGGACCACGAGCUUCUCGCGAAACUUUUCUCACCCACCGAGGCGGCUCCCCUGUGGCUCGGCACCAUGAUUGGCGGCGGAUACCCUAUCUUGCUUCGUACCAUCGACUACUCGAAUUGUUUUGCAGGAAAGACUCUUGAUCCUGCUGCCUGGACUGGUAUUGCACGGUCCUUUCUGGCUCUACACUCGCCAGGGCUGUAUAUGCAGAAUGGGGCAAUCUCCAGGUCAGAUGUGUGGCGUCUGCGUCGCGACUGCCAGCAUGUAUACGACAAGUAUGAGGAAGACUAUACACGUGAACCCAUGUGCGGUUGGCGUCCUUUCGGAACCAUGCCUCUUGAAGACGUUGAAAUAGAUCUUCACGAUCACCUGCUCUGUUCCCACGAGUGGGUCUACAAGCACUGGACCUGGCUUCACAACUUUGCGAUAGACACCGGACGCUCCCCAGCAGGGGGACCGCGUUUGAUGGUCGAACGACCUGGGCAGACUGACAAGACUGAAGAUCCAGCCCUAUGGCAUACUAAUCAGUAUCGAAGUCGGGGAGAUGCCAAGGCCAUCCGAAGCAUCUCCCGACACCAUACCGAAUGGGUGUUCAAGUGGUGCGGCAACCAGGUCGAAAAAGGUUUCACUGGUCAUGUUAUCCCGCCUUGCCACUAUUCUCGGGUACCACCACGCAGCACAGACAGCCGCAUCGGGCGGGUAGACAUGGCAAGGAUAUGCGACUAUAGACCUGGGCGCUGUCUCGGAAAUCGAGUUGGAUGCAGAAGACGUAGAUUAAACCAAUUGUCGUGCCGUUCGGUUGUAAGGAAGGGGGAUGCUGAUGAGGUCCCACCAUGGGCUUCUCUGGAGAGCCGCCUCCUGCUCUUGCUCAAUCAGACUCGCAAUCCGCCCCUUGAGACCGAUUGGUCAGAUUAGCCAGCGGAAAUGCAGCUCGACAAGCUCUGUCAACGUAACAUAACGGAUAA